AUGUUGUACCUGAUCGGUCUAGGCCUUGCCGAUGAGACAGACAUCACAGUCAAAGGCCUGGAGGUGGUGAAGCGUGCCGAAAGAGUCUAUCUAGAGGCCUACACCAGCAUCCUCCAUGUUGGAAAGGACAAAUUGGAGGCGUUCUAUGGUCGGCCUGUCAUAGUCGCGGAUCGGGAAAUGGUUGAAUCUUCCAGUGACGAGAUUCUUGCAGGAGCACACGAAUCUGAUAUCGCAUUUCUUGUCGUUGGAGAUCCUUUCGGGGCCACUACACAUACUGAUUUGGUGCUUCGCGCACAAGAACUGUCCAUCCCAACCAAAUCGAUACCGAAUGCUUCAAUCCUAAAUGCAGUUGGAGCUACAGGCCUUCAAUUGUACAACUUCGGCCAAACGGUAUCUAUAGUUUUCUUUACUGACAACUGGAAACCCGCGAGCUUCUACGAUCGAAUUCGUGAAAAUGCCUCCAUUGGCCUGCAUACACUCCUCCUACUCGACAUCAAAGUGAAAGAGCAGUCUCUAGAAAAUAUGGCCCGUGGCAGGAAGAUCUACGAACCGCCGCGAUACAUGACCGUCGCCUGCUGUGCACAACAGCUCCUCGAGAUAGAGGCAGAAAAGGGGGAAGGCAUCUGCAGCGAAGAUAGCCUAGCCAUUGGGUGCGCAAGGGUUGGUGCAGAUGAUCAAACAUUUGUUUGCGGAACACUGAAAGAACUGUGUGACGUUGAUGUCGGCCCACCCCUCCACAGUGUGGUGCUUAUUGGGAAAAGGGCACAUGAGCUUGAGAGAGACUACAUCAGACCAUUUGCGAUCAACCAGGACGCCUUCGACAAAAGCUGGAAAAAGUAUCAGGGCGAGUGA